GCAUCACGCGCGCGCAAAUGACCAAAAAAAAAACUAGGGACGUUGGAAAUUCCCAAGUCAAACAUGGUAGGCGCCGCUGCAUAUUGUAUCAGCUAUCUUCUGGCUUCCAGUCUUCGCCCGCUGAGUUUCUUAUUCGAGCGGGUGACAAAGCAAGAAAGCUCCAUCGACGAACCAAUCGCCCCACUGCUAGACAUGGAUCCCGCCGCCGGCGAGAAGCCGCACGCCGUGUGCCUGCCGUUCCCGGCGCAGGGGCACAUCACGCCGAUGAUGAAGCUGGCCAAGGUGCUCCGCUGCAGGGGCUUCCACGUCACCUUCGUCAGCACCGAGUACAACCACCGACGCCUCAUCCGCUCCCGCGGGCCGAGCGCCGCCGCGGGCCUCCCCGGCUUCGUCUUCGCCACCAUCCCCGACGGCCUUCCCUCGUCGGACGCCGACGUCACGCAGGACCCGCCGUCGCUCUGCUACUCCAUCAUGACCACCUGCCUCCCCCACUUCAAGAAUCUACUCGCUGGCCUCAACGGCAGCACGUCCGGGGCGCCGCCGGUCACGUGCAUCGUGGCGGACGGCCUCAUGAGCUUCGCCGUGGACGCCGCGAGGGAGCUCGGCGUGCCGUGCGCUCUGUUCUGGACGGCCAGCGCCUGCGGCUACAUGGGCUACCGGAACUUCCGCCCUCUCAUCGACCGGGGCAUCAUUCCCCUCAAAGACGAAGAGCAGCUGACCAACGGGUUCAUGGACAUGGCGGUGGACUGGGCGCCCGGGCUGAGCAAGCACAUGCGGCUGAAGGACUUCCCGAGCUUCCUCCGCACGACGGACCGCGACGACACCCUGCUGACCUUCCAGCUACACCAAGUGGAGCGCGCGGAGGCGGCCGACGCCGUCAUCAUCAACACCAUGGACCAGCUCGAGCAGCCGGCGCUCGACGCGAUGCGCGCCAUCAUACCGGCCAUCUACACCAUCGGCCCGCUCAACUCCCUCGCCGACCAAACCAUCCCCCGCGGGGACCCCCUGCGCACGGUGAGCUCCAGCCUCUGGAAAGAGGACGACGUCUGCCUGCCGUGGCUCGACGGCAAGAGGGCCCGCUCCGUGGUGUACGUGAACUUCGGGAGCGUGACCGUGAUGAGCAGCCACGAGCUGGCGGAGUUCGCGUGGGGGCUGGCCAACAGCGGCCAGGAGUUCCUCUGGAUCGUCAGGCCGGACGUCGUGAGGAGCAGCGAGGCCGCCGGCGCCGGCGCCGCGCUGCCCCCCGGGUUCUUGCAGGCGACCAGGGACAGGGGCCUCGUGGCGAGCUGGUGCGACCAGGAGGCGGUGCUGCGGCACGAUGCCGUGUGCGCCUUCCUGACGCACAGCGGGUGGAACUCGACGGUGGAGGCCCUCUGCGGCGGCGUGCCGAUGCUGUGCUGGCCCUUCUUCGCGGAGCAGCAGACCAACUGCCGGUACAAGUGCGCCGAGUGGGGGGUGGCGAUGGAGAUCGGCGACAACGUGCGGCGGGAGGUGGUCGAGGGGAGGAUCAAGGAGGCGGUGGGCGGGGACAAGGGCAGGGAGAUGAGGAAGAGAGCGGCCGAGUGGAGGGAGGUGGCUGUCCGGUCCAUGGCGAGAUCGUUGACUAAUCUUGAUUCGCUCAUCCAUGGUGUGUUGCUCUCUGGCAAGAAUAGUUAGCUUCUCUUUUCUUUCCAGCUCGAUCGACCAAUGAUCGAGCAAACAUGAUCGGGACACGAAAAUUUUAGAAUUUUUUAUUUUUCCUAGUAUUUAUUUUUAAUUUUCCUAUGCAUUUUCGGGUUUGCACGCUCCUAACAGAUUGGAUGGAUGGAUGUAUCGAAAUGGGAUUCGCUAAUGGUUUUCGUAGCUGUUGUAGUGAGCCCCAUUUUCUUAACGAAAACCGGGGCCGUGUGGUCCGUCUAUUCAAAAGAUAAAUAAAGAUCAGUUUUAACCA